GUAAUUGUGGAGUAGGUCUCAAGUAAUCUCGUCUUCCCUCUGAAGGGAUUUAAGAGCAAAUCAAUGGAGGUUCAAGAACAAGAUAACCGGAAUGGGCGACCCAAAUUUUCUCUCUUUUUCAUGUUCAUCUUUCUCUUUGGUCUCGCCGCGUUUUUCCUGUGCCUUUCGGCCGAGUUUCAAAAGGCUAAGGGGAAAGAUCUGAAAUGGGAUGGAGAAUCGUGUUAUUUACCCGAAAAUCGUGCUUUCGGGUUAGGAAUUGCUGCUUUGGUCUGUGUUUUCGUUGCUCAGAUCGUCGGAAACGUUGUGAUCUGUAGAGUUGCGGUUACAUUGAUAAGCGUUGGUGCAAGCAUGAACAGAGAGCAGAGAUACGGCAAAGGGUGGCUAAACCGUGAGUGUUACCUUGUGAAAGACGGUGUGUUCGCAGCUUCUGGCUUUCUGUGCGUUAUGACUCUGGCCGCUAUUCUCGGAGCGUUUGCGUUUAAAGUCAAACCAUCAUUACAGGUCGCGACUCACGACAAACAUCACACCCAAAAUGUGUAGUAGUUUGAAAAUUAAGUAGAAAGCAAAGA